AGGUGGCCUGAGGUUGCACAUUUCAAGCUCCCCAACCCCAAAACACACAUCCAGUCACAAUGGCAGAAGACGCUGACAUGCGCAAUGAGCUGGAAGAGAUGCAGCGGCGUGCAGACCAGCUGGCUGAUGAGUCACUGGAAAGCACCCGCCGAAUGCUCCAGUAUGUUGAAGGGAGUAAAGAUGCUGGAAUCAGGACUUUGGUUAUGUUGGAUGAGCAAGGAGAACAACUUGAUCGUGUUGAAGAAGGCAUGAACCAUAUCAACCAAGACAUGAAGGAGGCCGAGAAAAAUUUAAAAGAUUUAGGGAAAUGCUGUGGCCUUUUCAUAUGUCCUUGUAACAAGCUUAAAUCAAGUGAUGCUUACAAAAAAGCUUGGGGCAAUAACCAAGAUGGAGUGGUAGCAAGUCAGCCCGCCCGUGUCGUGGAUGAACGUGAACAGAUGGCUAUUAGUGGUGGCUUUGUCCGUAGAGUAACAAAUGAUGCUCGAGAAUCAGAGAUGGACGAGAACCUCGAGCAAGUCAGUGGCAUUAUUGGAAAUCUCCGUCACAUGGCUCUGGAUAUGGGUAAUGAGAUUGACACACAAAACCGCCAGAUUGACAGGAUCAUGGAGAAGGCCGACUCCAACAAAGCCAGGAUCGACGAGGCCAACACACGUGCCACAAAGAUGCUGGGCAGUGGCUAGAUGACUCAAGACUUUAUUAUUUGCUCCAAACUGUCCCGCUAGACAGUACUUUCAUGCUUUUACCAUGGUAUUUACAUACUAGGUUUGCACACAUGCACAUAUCACCCUCCCCUAUUGUAAAUGUCGUCCUGUGUAGUAUGUCAGCUUUCCAAAAAAUAUACUUGUAAUUAUUAUUUUUUUAAGUAUAUUUAUUUCCAAAGGUUGUAUAUAGUGAUCUACGCUAGCUCACUAUAACUUUUCUUCUUUUCUUCUUUUUUUUUUUUCUUUAAUUUUUUUUUUUAAUCAUUUUUUUAUGAUGUUUGCCGAAUGACAACAGUUUAGGAAUGUUUAAUGUGCUGUUGACCUUGAUCUAUACAGUAUUGUUCUUGUAAAUCUGUGACAUUUCACAGAACUACUGCCUAUAUCCUUUUUUUGGUGUCAUGAUACUUAAGCUGUGGAACUGUCCUCGGUUCAAUGUUGCUUCCAUCUGUUAUAAUUUCAUGAUUAGAGCGUGAAACUAUAUAACUAUACUUAAGCAUUGCACUAACAAGUGACGUGAGUUAUGCAUUUAUGCAUGGAAAAAAUAGACAUUUUAGAUGCCUACAUACAAGAAGACCUUUUCCCCCGUGGCAGUAGCACAUUCAAUAAAAGCAUGCUGAGUAUUUGGACACUGUUGGGACUAUGUUAUACCAGCAAGUUUGCAGUAGUGCCAUGUUUCUGUCAAUAUAUUGUUCUAUUUAACCAUAAUCAUGCUUUUUUUUUUAUUUCAAAAAGGACAGACUUGGCACAUAUCCAGCAAGAAAAAAAAUAUAUAUAUGUUGCUUUUUUUCGUUGCUGGCGAUAUAUAAAAAAAAAACUUAAAAAAAAAAUACAAAUACGGUUGUAAUAUAGGGUUCGGGUACUGUUUUUGAGGAUCCUCUUUGUGAGGAAAUGACUACAGUCUACAAU